CAACCGGUAACGCGUGUAGUUUCCUAGCGGUCGCUUUGAGUCAACGACAACGUUUCCCCCCAGCAGUAUGUACUAACAUCACAGGCUACCCGCCCGGGAAGGCAGAUAAUCCGUUGCUUCUGUGCAUAGGAGAGACUGUGGGAGAGACAGCGAGAGAGGCACAGGGAGACAGACUCGGGCAUGGGGCUGCUGUAGAGCUUCAAUACGCCGAAUAACAAUUGAGCAGGCAAACCUGGAGCGUGUAAUAAAGAUGUCUGGAAACAAGUGAAGCCGACAUGAAUAAGAUUUUUCGGAAGAGGCAGCGCGGAUUGCUGAAGCGCCUGUGCUGCUGGUGCGCCGGUCUGCUUGCUCUAAGUUGGGUGUCACAGCUGAUUCAAGUAACAGGCGAGGGUUCCUCCAGUCCUGGGAUCAAGGGCUGGGCCGCUCGAAGGCUGAUGUCUGAGAGAGAAGACAACCAGACAGAGAGACUGGCCAACUGCACGAGGGCUGCUCUGAAUGAGUUUCCGCGGGACAUCUUCUCCGCGGAGGAGCGCAGGAGAGGAGCUGUGCUGCUGCAUGUACUCUGUGCUGUGUACAUGUUCUACGCUCUCGCUAUCGUCUGCGAUGACUUCUUUGUGCCGUCGCUGGAGAAGAUUUCAGAGAAUCUCCAUCUCAGUGAGGAUGUGGCGGGGGCCACCUUCAUGGCAGCGGGCAGCUCGGCCCCAGAGCUGUUCACUUCACUCAUUGGUGUGUUCAUCACUAAGGGAGACCUGGGAGUCGGGACGAUUGUCGGAUCAGCUGUCUUCAAUAUCCUGGUGAUCAUCGGGGUGUGUGGCAUGUUCGCUGGACAGACGAUCUCCCUGACCUGGUGGUCUUUAUUCAGGGACUCUGUCUUCUACACUUUCUCAGUCGUGGCUCUGAUUCUGGUCAUCUAUGAUGAGAAGGUUGCCUGGUGGGAAUCUCUUAUCCUGGUUUCAAUGUAUGGAGUCUACAUCAUCGUCAUGAAGUAAGAACUC